ACACAUGAGCCAUUAAAGAGUCCCACAAACGCAAAAGACUUUAAAACAUAAUGAAUAUGGCAAACGAAGAGAAACCAAAAAAGAAGAAGAGUCUCAUGAGCUUCUACAAGUUCUCCACUACCACAUCGAAGCAGUCACUCAUAAACCCUAAAUUCAAACCCAACAAAGACUCGAUCCCACCAUCAUCACUAUCACAAGAAGAUGCAUCAAAACCCAUAGUCCCCCGUCCAAAUAAAAUGCAAAACCAUCUGGUGAGAGACAUCUUCGAGUUAGAGACUAGUAGUAAAGAGAGAAAGAAAGGCGGUGAUGGUGGUGGUGCGGCGGAGGAAGGGAGAAAAUCGGUGUCUCACGUGGAGAGGGAUACAACGGCGAGGAUAGCGGCGGCGGCUGAGAUGUUAACGGUGAGGAUAUUAGCGGCGGACAUGCCGGGGUUUAUGCAGGCACAUGCGUUUAGGUGUGCGAGAACGACUUUAGAUAGUUUGGAGAAGUUUAGUUCCAAGCACAUGGCUUUCAAUCUCAAGAAGGAAUUUGACAAAGGGUAUGGACCAGCAUGGCAUUGCAUAGUGGGGAAAAGUUUCGGGUCAUUCGUAACACAUUCCACAGGUUGUUUUCUUUAUUUCUCAAUGGACAGACUCUACAUUCUCCUCUUUAAAACCAAAGUUCGUUCUACCUCUCCCCAUUGAUUUUCUUUCUUUCUUAGUCUUUGUAUUAUUAUAUUUGUUUUAUUCUCUUCCUUCUAGGAUGUAACUUGUACCAAUCAUAUUGAAAAGGCUUAUUGUAGAUUCCUACCCUUUAUUUUACUGUAAUGUAUUGUAUUGUUAUUAAAAGAGUUGGAAGAAGGAUUUGAACCCUAGU